AUGGUCAAAGCGAAAUCUUCCCAUAAGCAGGCGGCGCUUUUCGACAUCCGUUUGAAAAACGUCGACCAUGAUGUGAUUGUGCUCAAAGGAUCUGAACACCAUGCGGCUGACACGUAUUUGGCAGGAAAAAUCGUUCUUUCUGUGACAGAACCUCUUACAGUCAAGAAAAUCACCUUGCGCCUCGUCAGUACCAUCCGCCUCAAAUAUUCCGACACCAACGUGCCGAAAAAUGCCAUGCCCAAGGUGAUUCGAUUCGAGAAAAAGCUCUAUGAGUACCAAUGGGAUAGCAACGAGAUUACAAAGUAUCUCAAUCACAUGUACGAAAACGUCCACAACGGCACCACAAGCAACAUUCACAACUCGAGCCUGAACAACGGCUCGUCGCAGUCAAUGAACAAGAGCAACUCGGUUAAGAGCCAUGGAUCGACGACAUCUUUGAAAAACUUGGGUCUUUCCCUCCGUUCGAAGUCUUCAACGUCUUUGCAUCUCCAUGCCUUGACUUCGUCAAGCACAAACCUUACCCAUUCGGCUUCGCAGAGUAACAUGUCAUUGAAAAACAGUCACACGUUGGUUCUGGGAAACUAUGAGUUCCCAUUCAGUGCUAUUUUGCCUGGGAACAUGCCCGAAUCUGUUGAAGGUUUACCUGGCGCGAGUGUCACCUACAAAUUAGAAUCGACACUCGAGCGUGGCAAAUUCCAUACUCCCAUGGUCACCACCAGGCAUGUGCGUGUUGUGCGGACCAUGACAACGGACGCAGUGGAACUUUCUGAAACGGUGGCUGUGGAUAAUACAUGGCCAAAAAAGGUCGAAUAUUCCCUCAGCGUGCCAACGAAAGCAAUUGCCAUUGGAUCUGGCACCCCAAUUAGUCUUAUGCUUGUUCCUUUAUUGAAGGGUUUGCGUUUGGGUGAGAUUCGUGUGUCGUUGGUAGAGUUGUAUCUGUUUAUUGGUUACAUUCCCCCAUCGCAUCUGGCCGAACGCGUUGUGACAGAGAAAACAAUCCCACAGCCUGCAGUUGAUGAAGAGUAUCCUUUGGAUCGCUGGGAAGUUACAACUUUUCUCCGUGUGCCUCCUUCUCUUUCUAAAUGCACUCAGGAUUGUGACAUUUCCACCCACAUCAAAGUACGCCACAAGUUGAAGUUUGUCAUUGGUUUGAUCAACCCAGACGGGCAUGUUUCGGAGCUUCGUGCGUCGUUGCCCGUUCAGCUUUUCAUUUCGCCAUUUGUUUCGGUCCGUGCACGUGCUGAAGACCAGCUCUCGGACGUGGAGUCUGUUGGUCUGGGCCCAGAAGACGAAGAGGAGGAAGUUUUGUUUGCACAAGACCCAAGCGUCUCUGAGUUGGAUGUUCCUGAUGGACUUCGUUCGAACCAGUCGGCCCUGCUGUUCACAGGUUUGAUUGCACCACCAGUGUACGAAAAACACAUUUAUGAUCAGCUCUGGUCAGAUGUGUCCCCUAUGGAGUCACCUAUUGCCCUGGGUCUGGCUACUCCUCGUUCUCUCCGUACCGAUGUGUCUCAAUUCUCAAUGGCCAGCAUUGACACUGCCAAGUUGACAGAAAAUUUGCGCCAGUUAAGCAUUCAGCGACAAAUGCAAGAAAACGAGGUCUCGCAGGCCUCAUCUGCGUCUAAUCUUCGGGGCCGUGCUACAUUCAAUUUGGACGGCGGUGAUGAUACCGACUACUUUUCUAAACGGCCAAACCUAUCCACUCGUAGUUCCGCAUUCAACGUGGCUGCUGGAACACCAGGCAUUGUUUCGCCUCCAGUUCAUCUUUCUCGCGUUGGCUCCGAGUCAAGCAUGGCCAUGUCUCGUGUACCAUCAUACAAUGAAGCCAUGAAAAGCUCGGUGGAUGGUCUGUUAGCACCAAUCUAUCUGCCGCCACCGCCAGGAUCGCACGUGAACAUAGACGAAGCCAAUCGGCGAUUUGAAGAAAUUCUGAGACCCACAACGCCUGUUGGAUCUGUGGGUCGCAACCGACUGUUCCUUCUGCGGGGAUCGAGUCUGUUCAAUUUGAAGGGCUCCGCUGGUUCAUCCCCGUCUACAUCACGAAAUCCUUCCACAAACAAUUUGAGCAGCUACUUUAGUGAAGCCCGCAAGCGGUAG